GGCUAAACCAACAGCUUUCCCAUGGUCUUAUAAACUUCCGAGCAUCUUUGAUUGAUAGUAUUGCCAACUAAAGAAAACGCCAUUUCCUUAUCCUCCCCCAGAUAACUAUCUCCCCGUUCUUCCCCCUUCCAAAUAUAGUGUAUAUAUAUACCUCCUCCGGUCGUUACUAGAGCCCCAGUUCUUGUCGAUCUUCAGUGCAGAUGUUGCUCGUAGUCACCGACAUGAAGAAAGAAGCACUCAACUCCACCAUCUCAACAACGCAUCAAAGCGGUAAGAAGCCUCCACUCUUCUGUAAAUUCUUCUCCAUGCUGUCGCCAAAGAAUGAGAAGAAUGCCAAGGUCUCGAGCCCGAGUCAUCAUGCCGUCCCGUCGACAAUAUUCACAGUCAGUAAAUCCGGCGAGCUCGAGCGAGUCUUCCGAUACUUCGACGAGAAUGGAGACGGCAAGAUCUCGCCGGCCGAGCUGCAGAAUUGCUUGCGGGCGGCCGGCGAGGAGCUGUCGGCGGAGGAUGCCGAAGCUGUCGUGGAGUCCACGGACUCCGAUGGCGAUGGGUUGCUGGGGUUGGAGGAUUUUUUGAAGCUGGUGGACGCCGAGGAGGAGGAGGAGAAGGGGAGGAAUUUAAGGGAUGCAUUCAAGAUGUAUGAGAUGGAGGGCCAGGGAUGCAUCACGCCGAACAGCCUGAGAAGGAUGCUUAGAAGGCUCGGCGAGACGAGGAGCAUCGAUGAGUGCAGGGCGAUGAUUCGGCGGUUUGAUCUCAAUGGUGAUGGUGUGAUUAGCUUCGAUGAGUUCAAAGUCAUGAUGCUAUAGACAAGCUUUGUACAUAUUUAUUAAUGGGCAGAGAUGGUGAGUUUGAGAUUUGUAUAGCGAUUAUUUGUCUCAAUCAUUAAUCUUCCGGUGGAUGUUAUGGCCAUCGAGGAUGUAUGUUAAUUGAGCUCCAGAGAUAAAUAUGUAGUCACUGUUUCGUAUACUAAAUAUUUUUUAUUGUGUUUCGUGAA